UCUCUUGUUCCUCCUUUAUUCCUCCUGCUAAUAUGAUUACUAUGGUUGCAUUUCUUAUCAUCCUUUCAACAGGAUCAGGAGCUGAAGCGAGCAUUGGUGUAAACUACGGAACACUAGCCAACAACCUCCCUCCGCCGCGUCAAGUGGCGGAGUUCCUCCUCAAUUCCACCGUCAUCAACCGCAUCCGCCUCUUCAACACCGAUCCUCAGAUCCUCCAAGCCUUCGCUCACACAGGUUUCCCCGUCACAGUCACCAUCCCCAACGACCAAAUCCCACACCUCACAAACCUCUCCUUCGCCCAAAGAUGGAUCUCCGACCACAUCCAACCACACUUCCCUUCCACCAACAUCAACCGCAUACUCGUCGGAAACGAAGUCAUCUCCGCCGCUAACCACCUCCACAUCAGAAACCUUAUCCCGGCCAUGCAAUCUCUCCACACCGCCCUCGUCUCCGCCUCCCUCCACCGUCGCAUCCAAAUCUCCACUCCACAUUCUCUAGGGAUCCUCUCUCACACAACUCCUCCCUCUUCCGCUAGGUUCCGACAAGACUAUGUCCUAAAACCUCUCCUCAGCUUCCUACGCACCAUUGCCUCACCCUUUGUCGUGAAUCCUUACCCGUUCUUCGGUUACUCACCGGAGACUCUAGACUUCGCUCUGUUCCGACCUAACCCUGGCGUGUUCGACCACGGCACGAAGCUUCAUUACACGAACAUGUUCGACGCUCAGCUUGACUCCGUCUACUCCGCCAUGCGACGGCUCGGAUUCUCCGACGUCGACAUCGUCGUCGGAGAAAUCGGAUGGCCGUCGAAAGGAGAUAAUGAUCAGAUCGGCGUCGACGUCGCCACCGCGGCGGAGUUUAACAAGAAAGUGGUGGAACAUGUAAACUCCGGUACCGGAACGCCGCGGAUGCCUAACCGGACUUUCGAGACGUACAUUUUCGCGCUCUUUAACGAAAAUCUCAAACCGGGACCGGUUAGAGAGCGUAAUUUCGGUCUUUUCCGGUCCGAUUUAACUCCGGUUUACGACAUCGGAAUCCUCCGGUCGCCGGUUAGAACAUCGGAUCCACCGGAGAGUGACCGGCGAUCACCGGUCGGAGGAUCUUCCGGGAAGCGGUGGUGCGUUACAAAGCUCGGCGCAGAGACGGAGGCUUUACAGAGGAACAUAGAUUACGUAUGUGGAUUGGGCUUAAAUUGUGGGCCUAUUAUAGUAGAUGGGCCUUGUUUUCUACCUAAUACAGUGGAAGCCCAUGCAGCGUACGCUAUGAACUUGUUCUACCAGACUAUGGGGAGACACGAGUUCGACUGCGACUUCGUUAAGACGGGAGAGAUAACUGUGAUAGAUCCCAGCUAUGGAGAUUGUCAAUAUCAUGCUGCCUUGGUAUGAAAAUACACAAAUGUAAUUUGCAG